UAUAUGGUCUACUUAGAUGGGCCCCUGUUUGAAGCUGGAAGCUGGCCUAGAAAAUUGGGUUGAUGAGAAGAAUAUACAUGUCUCUUCAUUUUCAGGACAAAAAGUUCUGCAGCCUGGAACUAACUACAAGGAUAAUGCUUAUGGAAAGGAAGCAUUGCCAAUUGAACAAAUUACUUUGUCCGGAGGAAAUGAGGAGGUGGAAGUUAAUAUAACCGGGUGUACAAAGUCUAGUGAGGCUUUGAUAAUGGGAGAUGCUUGUGAUGAUGCCCCUGAGUGUUCAAGUUCUUUUGGCGAUACAGGAUCUGGCACAGAUAAUGCUUCAGCAUUCAGUGAUGAUGAAGUGGUAUCAUAUAUGUAUGCCAACGAUCCGUUCUCAUCCAUGUUUUUCAAAGACUGUGAGCCAUCUCUAAUAAGAAGGAAGAAGUUGACCAGUCAUUGGAAGAGUUUCAUACGCCCACUGAGGUGGCGCUGUAAGUGGAUAGAAUUAAAACUGAAGCAACUUCAGUCUCAAAAACUUAAAUAUGAAAAAGAGCUUGCAGCAUAUGAUUAUAGAAGGCAGCUUAUGUCAGCAAACUUCACAUUAGAUGGAUGUAAUACCAAGUCAGUACCCCUACUCAAGGGAAUUUGUGGGAAAAAAGUAAUGAAGAGGAAGAAGCGGAAGAGAGCUGAGGAGACGUGUAAUUUAGCAUCUUACACAUCUGACCAUUAUAUACUCUCAUAUUGCGAAGCAAAGGACAAUGCUGCUCAUGCACGUUUGAAAAAUGUCAAAGAUGUUGCUGAAGCACAGAGUCUUGAGAGUAAUGAGGAGUUCAAGUGGAAUGACGGCAUAUUAUCUCAUGUUGAGAAUGAUUUAUUGUCUUCUCUUGACCAUAAUGAUACUGAUAAAACCUUGAGGAACAUCUUUGAAAAGAUUGAAGCAGCACAAUCUGAAGUUCACAAAUUGAGAGCUCGAAUCGAUAAGGUUGUCAAUGAAAAUGUGGGGCAGUCCAGUUCUAUAAAUUAUUUGAAUACGCUUGGGCCUAGGCCAUCCAAUGGCUUGAAUAUCUACGAUCCAAAAUUUGCUUCUCUUUCCAGAAUGAAGAAAACAAUUUCUGCCGGAGAUCAGUUCAUUGGAAAAACCGAAGAAUCUUUUGAAGAGCAGAAAUCAGUUUCCCUUGCUCUAACCUCAGCUCCUGACUUGGUUGCCAAGAAUGCUGUGCCUAAUUUGCCGUCCAAUAAUUUGAAAGUUUGUUCUUCAAAAUCCAAUGUCUCUAGGAAGAGAAGGGGGAUAAGGAUGAAAUCUGGCUCAAACUGUUCUUGGGCUAGAGUUAGUCUGGUUAAGCCAAAGUUGAAAGAAUAG